AAAAAGGGCUAUUAUAUGAAAACAAUCUAUAAAUAAUUUACUUUCAAUGUUCUCUAUUUUGUAAUUCCUCAUCCUUUUUUUUUUUGUCUAUAUCUACAUUGUGGUUUUCAUAAAUUAGCAAACCACUUUCAUUGUCAUCAUUGCUUCGGAAUAUGAAAUUUGAGACAAAAGAACAAAAAAGCUAACAAGCAAAUAAUAACUAAUUUAAUCAACAUUGACAGAUGACAAUGUCAGAGUACAUUGAGUAUUUCUGUAAGUGAUGUCUUGCGGACGGUUCACUUACGAUUGAUCGUUGUCAAUAACGCAAUGCAUGCAAUUCAACGAAUUUGCUUAAGUAUUCUGAAAUGCGGUCUGGAAAUAUGCUUCUGUGAUAGUUAAAAACCUUUUUUGGUUUCAUUCAUAUUACAACGAGUAUGAUUAUACCCUUCAUCCCUUUUAGCGCAGGUCACGUUAAAUUUGUACGAACGUACGUAAAAACCAGAAGGAUUUGAGAUAAGUCCACCUUUUGUUAAGAUUAUUUUUAAUUGUGAUUUGAUUAGUAUACAACUUAGGUGACAAUAUGUCUCAUAUUUUUAGAACUUGUCCCGAUUUUUUACAGCACGAUUUCUGGUUCCGGAUGUAUAAUAUUUACUCCAAAUGGUUCCGAAUGACAAUAGUGUAAGAACGUAAAAGUUGAAAUGCAAACUUAAAUAGUGUAAAUUGUCAACUAAGAAUGUGGCGCGCACAGUACCGGCUGCGUAAACCGUGGAUUUCCCAUUGAACGCCCCUCUGAGAAAAAUUUUGCCUCAUGUCACGCAGUGCGAUGUUUCGUUUGAAGACAUUUUAACGUUGUUAACGUUCAACUACACUGGAUGAAGUGAUCAGUUACACAAAAUCAAUCCAUUUACUAAUCCUUCCUGCAUAUAUGCUCCUAAUCUUCUACUUUUUGUCGGUUCAAAUUUUGGUUAAUUCAUUCGCCAAUCCAUCAUCAUUCGCAGAUUGUCCGCCUGUAAUUGUCUUCCCAGUUCGUUUCCUUAACUUUACGGCUUAUAUAACAACUUUUCCUUUUUUCAAUACGCAAUGAAAAAAGUUGCUAUCGCUGUUGUAUUCAGCUGUUGGCUGAAAACGGCUGAAAGCGAAAUCUAAAGUUCAAUUUUUCAAAAAAAAUGAUUAUCUCUCCAACAUCCAACCAACAAUCGUCUUCAAACUUCGUACCCACAUAGAGCCCUUUUUUUACAACGUAUAUAAUAAUCUCAUGUUAUUGACUCGCGAACGUUGAAAAAGGAAGAAGAAACCGCGGAUCCAAAAAAUUUCUGUAAUUAAUAUAAACAAAGUUAAUUAUUUUGAAUUAUUUUCAGUUUUUACGGAACGCAAAAAAAAUUUGAAGGAAGAUUAUAUACUAUCGCCUUAUUAUUACCUUCUUAUCUUUCCCAUUAUAAUCUCGAAAAAAUGUUGGGUUAUGGGCGCGGUCUACGUCGUGACUUAUCACAGCCGGCACUGGCUCCAAAAUCUCUGGAUAUUGGCGUAGGCACACAGAGUUUUGGUUCAACUGCUAAAACAUGUCGAGUUGGCUUUGGUCGUCGAGGAAAAAUUUUACCAUCCGGAUCUCAUAAGUUGCCUGCCUUAGGAACGAAUGCUUCCGGAGAUGACUCAUUAUCAACCAAAGCUCAAGACGAUGAAAAAUCGAAAGAAGUGCACCCUAAGGACUUAAUCAUGAAAGAGCCUAAGGAAACUUCGAGUUUGCUUACAUCUCCUAAAGCAACUCAUGGCGUAAAAGGUACUCCGAUUCAAUUGGUAUGCAAUCACAUACGUAUAAACUCGGAUCCAAAUAAGGGCAUUUAUGUUUAUGAAGUGCGCUUUAUCCCCAAUAUCGACUCGAACCGUUUAAGGAGACAAUAUUUAAAUGAGCACAGCGUCAAGUUUGGCGGAACUAAAACUUUUGAUGGUGUCACUUUAUAUUUACCAAUUUUGUUGAAAGAUGAACUUACCACGUAUGUCUCAAAAGCGUACGAUGGAUCUGAUAUUGAGAUUCGGAUACUUUUUAAAAGAAAAGAAUUGCUAAAACACUGUAUGCAGUUUUAUAACGUCCUUUUUGAUCGAAUCAUGAAAACUCUAAAUUAUGUACGGUUUGAUCGGAAGCAAUUUGAUCCAACAUCGUCAAUAGUGCUCCCACAGCAUCAGUUGGAAAUAUGGCCCGGAUAUGUGACCGCCGUAGAUGAACAUGAAGGAGGUCUGUUACUUUGCUGCGAUGUGUCUCAUAGAUUACUAUGCCAAAAAACUAUUUCGGAAACGCUCCUUGAAAUUUUCAGACGUAACCCCAAGCACUUUCAAGAAACGGCUAAGAAGGCACUCUUAGGUGCUACCGUUAUAACGAGAUACAACAAUAAAACCUACCGAAUUGACGAUAUUUGUUUUGAAAAAAGUCCGCGAUCGACGUUCACAUUCAAAGAAGGGACACUGAGUUUCUUGGACUAUUAUCGAAGGAAUUACAAUAUUGAAAUAAAAGACACAAAUCAACCACUCUUGAUAUGCAUCAAAAAACAACGUAUGUCGCAGAGAUCGCAAGCAGAAGAUCUCGUUAUCUGUUUAAUUCCUGAGCUGUGUUACGUAACCGGGUUACGUGAUGAAAUAAGGGCUAAUCACAAACUAAUGCGUGAAAUUGCGACUUUCACUUGCCUCUCACCUGUUCAGCGUAUAAAUGCAUUGAAAAAAUUUUAUACGAAUAUAGAUAACAGUCCCGAAUCGCGGAAAAUUUUAAGUGUGUGGGGAUUAUCUCUUGUACAGAAUUAUGAGGAAAUCAGUGGCCGGCAACUUGAUGAAGAAAAAGUUUAUUUCGACCGAAAAAUAGUCCCUGUUGGUCCUAAAGCGGACUUUUCGAAAUGUCUUGUAAAUAAUACGAUAUUAGAAGCUAUUGCCAUUGAGAACUGGCUUCUCAUUCAUUGCGAGAAGGAUAGUAAAGCGGCUUUAUCGUUUUGCGAACACAUGCCAGUAGGUACGAAUUCAUUCGGAUUAAUAGUAGAAAGACCGCAAUUCGUUACGGUUUACCGUUCAUUCUGUAUUUACGUGGUUACCCACGUUUCUUUUGAUUGUGUAAAUAAAGUCUAGGCUAUUGGAAAUUCACAAUCCAACAAUGUAAACAUAAUUUAUGUUUUUUUCUUUUUGCAUUUCAAUUGUUUGCUUAUUUUCUAUAGUGAAGAGCAGCAAGCAAUGUCACAUUAACAGUCGUAAGCGGAAAACGCACAAUGUUUACAUUAUGAGUCGCGAACUUUAAAAAAUACGCUGCUGGACUUAAAGCGUGGUACACAAGGCAUAACCUAAAUUCAGGAGAAUAAUCACUAAAAUCAAUAAAAUUUCGCUUUCAGUUAUUUAGAGGAAACGGCUGAAAAGAAGUGCUUUUUUCAAAUGAAAAAAAUUCUCAAAAUGAAUGCAGACCCCUUUAUAUUAUUUAAUUUAACAGCUGACUAUGUCUCUUUGCCACUGUUUUGUUCGAUUCAGGCAAGCAAACGUCAUCGUAUACAUGCAUGCAUAUGC